CGGGAGGACGGGACGGGUUUCAUUGCCUCGGCCGUGGCAUCCGUGAGGGAGUCGUGUUGGCGACCCCCUGGCCCCCAAGCCCGCUGACCGCCCAAAAGGCUUGUGUGCUCUCUCGAACUCGCCAGCCGCUCGCCGCUUGCCUUGCAGGCCGUGCCUCCUACAUCAUGUGCGGUAUAUUUGCUUACUUAAACUACCAUGUUCCUCGCACGAGACGAGAAAUUUUGGAGACCCUAAUCAAAGGCCUUCAGAGACUGGAGUACAGAGGAUAUGAUUCUGCUGGUGUGGGGAUUGAUGGAGGCAAUGACAAAGACUGGGAAGCCAAUGCCUGCAAAAUCCAGCUCAUUAAGAAGAAAGGAAAAGUUAAGGCGCUGGAUGAAGAAGUUCACAAACAACAAGAUAUGGAUUUGGAUAUAGAAUUUGAUGUACACCUUGGAAUAGCUCACACCCGUUGGGCAACGCAUGGCGAACCCAAUCCUGUCAAUAGCCAUCCCCAGCGCUCUGAUAAAAAUAAUGAAUUUAUUGUUAUUCACAAUGGAAUCAUCACCAACUACAAAGACUUGAAGAAGUUUUUGGAAAGCAAAGGCUAUGACUUUGAAUCUGAAACAGACACAGAGACAAUUGCCAAGCUUGUUAAGUACAUGUAUGACAAUCGGGAAAGUCAAGAUACAAGUUUUACUACCUUGGUGGAGAGAGUCAUCCAACAAUUGGAAGGUGCUUUUGCACUUGUAUUUAAAAGUGUUCAUUUUCCUGGCCAAGCAGUAGGCACAAGACGAGGUAGCCCUUUGUUGAUUGGUGUACGAAGCGAACAUAAACUGUCUACUGAUCACAUUCCAAUCCUCUACAGAACAGGCAAAGAUAAGAAAGGAAGCUGUAAUCUCUCUCGUGUGGACAGCACAACUUGCCUUUUCCCCGUUGAAGAAAAAGCAGUGGAGUAUUACUUUGCUUCUGAUGCGAGUGCUGUCAUAGAACACACCAAUCGUGUCAUCUUUCUCGAGGAUGAUGAUGUCGCUGCAGUGGUGGAUGGCCGUCUUUCUAUCCAUCGAAUUAAACGGACUGCGGGAGAUCACCCUGGACGAGCUGUGCAGACCCUCCAAAUGGAACUCCAGCAGAUCAUGAAGGGCAACUUCAGUUCAUUUAUGCAGAAGGAAAUUUUUGAGCAGCCAGAGUCAGUUGUGAACACAAUGAGAGGAAGAGUCAACUUUGAUGACUAUACUGUGAAUUUGGGCGGUUUGAAGGAUCACAUUAAGGAGAUCCAGAGGUGUCGGCGUUUGAUUCUUAUCGCUUGUGGAACAAGUUAUCAUGCUGGUGUAGCAACACGUCAAGUUCUUGAAGAGCUGACUGAGUUGCCUGUUAUGGUGGAGCUAGCCAGUGAUUUCCUGGAUAGAAACACCCCAGUUUUUCGAGAUGAUGUUUGCUUUUUCAUUAGUCAGUCAGGCGAGACAGCAGAUACCCUGAUGGGUCUUCGGUACUGCAAGGAGAGAGGAGCUUUAACUGUCGGGAUCACAAACACGGUUGGCAGUUCCAUAUCAAGAGAGACAGACUGUGGAGUUCACAUCAAUGCUGGGCCCGAGAUCGGGGUGGCCAGCACAAAGGCAUACACAAGCCAGUUUGUAUCCCUUGUGAUGUUUGCUCUUAUGAUGUGUGAUGACAGGAUCUCCAUGCAAGAGAGACGCAAAGAGAUCAUGCUUGGAUUGAAGCGGCUGCCUGAUUUAAUUAAGGAAGUUUUGAGCAUGGAUGAUGAAAUUCAGAAACUGGCAACAGAACUUUAUCACCAGAAGUCAGUCUUGAUAAUGGGACGUGGCUAUCAUUAUGCUACUUGUCUUGAAGGGGCCCUAAAAAUCAAAGAAAUCACUUACAUGCACUCUGAAGGUAUCCUUGCUGGUGAGUUGAAACACGGCCCUCUAGCUUUGGUGGAUAAGUUGAUGCCUGUCAUCAUGAUCAUCAUGAGAGAUCACACCUAUGCCAAGUGUCAGAAUGCUCUUCAGCAGGUGGUUGCUAGGCAGGGACGGCCAGUGGUGAUCUGUGAUAAGGAAGACACUGAGACGAUUAAGAACACAAAAAGAACAAUCAAGGUGCCACACUCAGUGGACUGCCUACAGGGCAUUCUCAGCGUGAUCCCCUUACAGUUGCUGGCCUUCCACCUGGCUGUGCUGAGAGGCUAUGAUGUUGAUUUCCCGCGGAAUCUAGCCAAAUCUGUAACCGUAGAAUAAGGAACAUCUGAAACUGGGCAAUUAAGCAACACAAGACACCUUUUGUAUUUAAAACCUUGAUUUAAAAUAUCACCCCCUAAGCCUUUUCUAGUAAAUCCUUAUUUAUAUAUCAGUUAUAAUUAUUCCAUUCAAUUUGUGAUUUUUGUGAAAUUACCUCAUAUUUUCCCAGUAAUUUGUGAGGGAGUUUGAAUAAUGGAAUCUAUAUUGGUAUUGGUGUCAGAAAGAGAUUUAGCUCUCAUUUUCAUUAAAGGAUGCUGAGUGUUGGAUUUCUGGUCCCUCCACUUCAAUCUGAGAGGCGGCCAGUGAAAGAGUAGUGCAUUUAAUUGGAAUAUUUAAAGCCAACAGCAAUGUACUUGGACAUUUAAUUCAGUUAUAAAGAGAAGAUGCUGUGAUUUAUUUGGAAAUUUGUUUGUUAUUUUGUUUUUAAAUCAAACUGUAAAUCUUAAAAACUGAAAACUUUUCUUUGUGGGAUUUCUAGUGGUUAACCUUAAUCUCUCAAACUUAUUGCCUGUUAUCUGUAUGUCAAGGUAUCUUAGGAAGAUAAAUAGUAUAGUAGUGUGUUGGUUUUCUCCAGCCCUUGAUAGAAAAUACUUGCACAAUUUCAUAGCACAAACUUUAAAUUUGAGCUGCUUUGUACAAUUGACAAUAUGAUUUUAAGUUUGAAGAUGGGAUACGUACAUGUUGUAUAUCCUACUCCUUGUUUUUUCAUGUCCUGAAAGUGGUUUUUAAUUUCCUCAUAUCUGUAGUUUUUUUUUUUUUAAUUACUGCUGAAUGACAUUUUAUCUUAUUCUUUGAAAUCACCACACAGAGUUGCUAUCAAAUGUCUCAAUACCAAUAUAUUCAGAAUUCUCUUCAACUUUGUCCCAGAGAAGAAUUACCUGCAGUUAAUUUUAACUUCUCUCACUGCCUUGUUGCAUCAAACUGGUAGUACCUUUGUGCCAAUUUGGAAGCUCCUUGCAGUUGUUUGGAAGAUUUACAAGUCUUUUGACUAAUCAUUUGACUCUAAAUGUAUACGAUGGGCUAGAAUUAGAAAAAGCUAUGUGCUUUACACUGAUAUUAAUGAAGGAUUAUAUAAAAUUUAGUAUUACUUUCUAGGAAUUUUUCUCUCUGUAUAUUCUGUUCUACCCCUGAAAAAUAUUUAGGAAUGAAGAAGAUAUAAAUAAUACUGAGGUGCCUUCAGCUAGCUAGUGUCAGAAAUGGAAACUUACAAUUUAGAUUUAAAAAUUUAAAGUGGAAUAUUAGCUUGACACCCAAAAAGUUGUAAUAAUUUCUUCACGGAGCUUUUUUGGCCACACCUUGGGCGUUACAGGAUAGUGUGUUUAUGUUUUGGUUAAGUCCUUCUCUUUCUAAAGUUUUCACUUUUAAAUUGUGAAGGUAAGAUAUUUAGUAUAAUUAAGUAAGCUCAGUCUUUUCCUUUUUCUGUGUUUGAACUUCUUGAUGAGGUUACGAUUUUCUAGUAGCUAUUGGAAGAGAAGCAUAGAAUUUUGCCUUGUGUUAGGGUUAGAGAAAGAAUUGGCAUAUUUUGAGGUAAUUCAGAAGGACUUUUAGAUUAAGACUAGAAACCUGUUUAAAAUGAAAUAGGAUUACUGUUCACAUCUAUAUAGCUACUAUAGCUAUAUUUAUCUAUUUUAAUUGUUUCUAAUAUUAUUUUGUGUAGGCCUGCUAGUUUUAGUAUGUGUGUAGUAUCAUUCUUAUGUUAUAUUAGCAUUUUAUGCACAUGAUUUAUAUGGAUUUGUAACAUUUCCAAAGUUCAAAUUAGCUUUCUAAGUGAAACUGAUAUGUGAAAUCAAUCAUUAAUUUUCAGUCUCUGUUUCCUCUCCCUCUCCGUGUGUGCGUGUUUGGUGUGUCUGUCUGUCUUUCUCUAGCUCUCAAGCACACAUAUACACUUCAGGCUAGGGUAAGUUCUAAACCAAAUCUCAAAAACCAAUAGUGAGAAAAAAAAAAGUGGUAUUUUCCAAACAAACGUGGCUUCCAUUCCCUACCCCUUCUUCUUGCUCCCUACCCUGUUUAGCGUAGUGAUGUUUAGAUGCUUUUAUGAAUUAUGAACACAAAAAAUACUGUAAUGAGGCAAACUGCUAAUAAGUGUGGAUGCUCAGUUAAAACCAGUAUAAUACAGGAUAAGAAAAUCUGAUUUUUCAAGAAAGAUAUUCUACAAAAGGAGUCCUUUCUGUCAAAAUUCUUUCUUGUAGUACAUUUAAAAUUUAAAUUCACUCAUGUAUAACUUAGAGUUCCUUACCGCAGGUCAUGAGCCCUUUGUAGGCCAGAGGUCAUGUUAGCAUCUAACACAUGGCCAAGUACAUGAUUGUAACUUUGGCAUCAGUCAGCUUUUCUGUCUUUUUAAAUCACCUAUGCCAUAGGAAUAGAUGGUAGGAGGAAAGUUAAUGUUAACUCUUUUUAGUUUGUUAUAACUCUGUCAACACCCUAUUAUGGGAAAGUCACUGUGCUAGAAACUGAAAAAUACAUCCUGUUUAAAGCAAAGUCCACUUGUCCCCAGAUGGACUCAUCACUCGUGGAGACUAGGAUCAUUGGAAGGCACAGGGUGAGAGAGUAGAAAAAUGAAGUUGAGCUGUUAAAUGUUGUGAGUGGAUUUGUUCACUUAAAUCAUGGUCCAAGUUUUGGUGCAUAUAAUGUUCCUAAGAGGUGAAGUGCAUUUUGUAGAGUAAGCUGUUAUCACAGGCGGUAGAUCCAUGUGUCUGUGGUCCUCUAAGGAACAGCAGUCAUUAGAUUCAAAGGUGAAAACAGUCAAGCAUCACAACUAAAAGGGAACUGACACAGUGUGAUGUGCAGAUGGGGCUGUCAGAGUGCUAAUAAAGAUUUUCUCUCUUAGGUUCCUAGGAAAUUGUUUCCGAGAUGACAUUGUCUUAUCCUUUUGAAUACAGGUCUCUUGACCUGAGUUAAUUAUGAGGAUGAGAGGAAAAGAGCCCCUUUUCAGCUCCUUGGUAGCAUUCCUUUGGCACAUUUCGAUAACUCUUCAAAGAAGGAAAACCAGCUGAAAUGUUUGCUUUAACAAACAUAUUUUAAGAAGUCCUUUGGGAUCAGUUUCCUCUCUCUCUCUCUUUUUUUUUAAAUUAGGAUAUAUACUAUAGCAAUAAAAGGGAACGACUCAUGUUAAUUACUUAUUGUAUGCUACAACUUAAGUGAUUUUUCUAAAAAGCACAAUGUCGUUGAAAAUAUUUAUUUAAAAAGAAUUCAGAGCUCACAUUGAAUUUGUGAAGGCCAAAGAAAUUGAAGGGAAUGGUAAAGAAAGAUAAAGAAGUCUUAUAUCCACAUAUUUAGUAGAUGUUGUAUACCAGAAUACCAGGUGGUGUUUUACCUGCGAAAACAUAUUUCAGAUUACUUUCUUUGUUUUUAGUGUUAGAGCCUCAGGUUUAAAAGUUUUAACAAUUAAAUCAUUUUUUCCCCACAAUAUUUAAAGAUUGUUAAUUUAUCAGUAUUUCCCUAGCUUGAUGAAUUUAACUGUAUCUUUAGAUCUGUGACAUGAUAACCAGUAGGAAUGGUAAUAUUAGCUUUGAACCAAUAGUAUCCAGGGUUAAAAUAAAAAUCAUAGUUAACUAGCAAAACCGUAAAGUUAUGCCAUAUUAACUUGUGAGUCUGUAAUAGCUUGAUAUCAAUGUUAUGGAAUAUGCCAUAAAUAAUGGCUAACGAGAACUUUUUAGGAAAUUCUCAAAUUACCUUUCUUACUACACUAGUUUUCAGAAUGAAUAUAGAAGUGAUCCUGUUAGCUUUUUAAAACUGUUCUGCAGUUAAUUUUUAUUUUUUGCUUAAAUAAAACUUUCAGUAUUUGUUUAAAUUA